ACGUGCCCUCACAGCUUCCGGUUGAAGUGUAAAUGGAUACAUGACACAGUUGUUUGGAGGAAAUCGAUCUUCGGGAUAAGUGGCGUCUACAGAAAAAGGAAACCUCCCCCUUUGCUUUUAAAUCAAAUCCUGAUAGCGGCCCCUAAAGCUGGCCGCCAUGGAAGCGGUCCCCCGAAUGCCGAUGAUCUGGCUGGAUCUAAAAGAGGCUGGGGAGUUCCAGUUCAGCCCGUCCGUCAGGCAGUUCAUCUUGAAAAAUUAUGGAGAAAAUCCAGACAACUACAAUGAACAGAUGAAGAAACUAGAGACUCUGCGACAGAGUGCAGUAAAUGUGACUAGGGACUUCGAGGGCUGCAGCACCCUGAGGAAGUACUUUGGACAGCUGCAUUACCUGCAGAGCAGAGUUCCCAUGGGAGCAGGCCAGGAGGCAGCGGUACCCAUCUCAUGGACAGAAAUUUUCUCUGGAAAAAACGUGACCCAUGAUGACAUCAGCUAUGAGCAGGCAUGCAUCCUGUACAAUCUAGGGGCUCUGCACUCCAUGCUGGGCGCCAUGGACAACAGGGUCUCUGAGGAGGGAAUGAAAGUGUCCUGCACGCACUUUCAGUGCUCAGCGGGGGCCUUCACCUACCUCAGAGACCAUUUCAGCCACAACUUCAGCGUGGACAUGAGCCACCAGAUUCUGAACCUCAACAUCAAUCUCAUGCUGGGCCAGGCUCAGGAGUGUCUUCUGGAGAAGUCCAUGUUGGACAACAGGAAAAGUUUUCUGGUUGCCCGAAUUAGCGCUCAGGUGGUGGAUUACUACAAAGAAGCCUGCAGGGCUCUGGAGAACUCCGAGACGGCGUCCAUGCUGGGAAAGAUCCAGAAAGACUGGAAGAAGCUGGUUCAGAUGAAAAUAUACUACUUUGCUGCUAUUGCACAUCUUCACAUGGGAAAACAGGCAGAGGAACAGCAGAAAUUUGGAGAACGGUUGGCUUACCUGCAGAGCUCCUUGGACAAACUGGGGGAAGCUAUCAAGCUAGCUAAGGGUCAGCCUGACGGUGUGCAGGAAGCCUUGAGAUUUACCAUGGAUGUCAUUGGCGGAAAGUAUAAUUCUGCCAAAAAGGACAACGACUUCAUUUAUCAUGAGACGGUUCCCUCGCUGGAGACGCUGGCAUCAGUCAAAGGCGCUCCUCUGGUGAAGGCUCUGCCUGUAAACCCCACGGAUCCCAGCGUCACUGGGCCGGACCUGUUUGCCAAACUGGUGCCCAUGGCUGCACACGAAGCCUCGUCGCUGUACAGUGAGGAGAAAGCAAAGCUGCUGAGAGACAUCAUAGCCAAGAUUGACGGCAAGAAUGAAACCCUAGAGCAGUUCAUGGACUCUCUCGGACUGGAGCCAGAUUCUGUGGAUAACCUGGAGAUGUACAGCCACAUCCCUCCGGUCCUGAUGGAGAAAUGUGCAGCCCUCAGCGUUCGACCAGACACCGUUAAGAGUCUCAUUCAGUCCAUGCAGGUGCUCUCAGGCGUCUUCACUGACGUGGAAUCAUCACUGAGGGAAAUCAAAGAUGUCCUGGAGGCAGAUGAGACCGGAGAGCAAGCUCUCAAGGAGGCUGGAGGCCCCGCUGCAGGCGACAUACACCCAGCAGCACAAGGCCAGGCUCUGGCAGAGAUCCAGAGGGACCUGGAAAAGUACAUGGAGGCCCACGAGAAGGCCAGCUUUACCAACACAGAGCUUCACCGGGCCAUGAACCUGCACAUCAGCAACCUGCGCCUGCUCGGAGGUCCACUGGACAGCCUGAGAGAGGCUCUGCCACGGCCACAGCUCAGUGAAGAGGAGGUGGCAGGGCUGCAGACGAUGAAGCGGAUCCUGGGGAAAGUUCAGGAGAUGAGGGAGCAGAGGAACUCUUUGGAAAAGCAGCUCCGGGACCUCAUCCAGCAGGACGACAUCACCUCAACGCUGGUCACCACAGAAAGAGGCGACAUGAAGCGCAUAUUUGAGGAGCAGCUGAAGAAGUACGAGCAGGUGAAGGUGUACAUCGACCAGAACCUUGCAGCGCAGGAGAACAUCCUGAAGGCUCUGACUGAGGCAAACGUUCAGUAUGCGUCAGUUCGUAAGCGACUGAGCCAGACGGAGCAGCAGUGGAACAGCACUGUCCAGGGCCUGGUGGGCUCGUAUGAAGCCUAUGAAGACCUCAUGAAGAAGUCACAGGAGGGAAAGGAGUUCUACGAUGACCUGGAAGCCAAAGCGUCUCGCCUGUUAGAGAAGGCAAAGACCCUGUGUCAGACCAGAGCAGAGGAAAGAAGGCCCAUCUUGGAAAAAGAGAUUCAGAAGAAAGCUCCUGCACGUCCUACAGCAGCAAAGCCUUCUUUAAAGCCCAGAGGGUCUGAUGUUGACUCCGCCUCCUCUAGUAUGGAGGAUCCAGAGUUGGCGCAGAUUAAUGCUGCCAUCUUGGCUUUGGGUGGGGACCUUCCAGAGGACCUCCAAAGCCUCCCUUGUGACAUUCCCUCCAUCCCCAAUGCAAGAGGUCACCUGCUAGGUCCUGAAGCCUUCAUGCCUCCUGCUGAGAAACUCGGCGGCAGCUCAUCCUUGCCUUGGCCAGGUGCUUCAGCUGCAGGUCACCCUCACUUCCCUGCUAACCUGCCGCCUCCAGAAGUGCUGGCUCGGAUUGCACAGUUUCCUACUUCAGGGGGGCUGGGACCACAAGGGCCUUUCCCUCAGAUGACCCAGCAGAGGUUUCCCCAAAUGCCCGCCCAGACAGUAGUGCCUGGUUAUCGGCCCCCGCCUCCUCGAGCUACUCAAACGGGCCUCGUCGCUCCUGUUCCAGUCCGGCCUGCAAACACUACAGUGGACAGCGGUCAGCCCCAUAUCCCGAAUUACACCCCCACACCACGACACCCUGUCCCACCUGCAGCCUCAGGAAGCUACCCACAGAUGGGGGCAUACCCCCACUUGAUGCAUCAACAAGGCCUUCCCAUGCAGGGCCCAGCCCAGGUGUCGGCAUCCCAGGCACAGCAGCAAAAACAUCUGCAGCAAUUCCCCCAACCCACAAGGCAAGAGCCCCCGCAGGGAUACCAGCCUGUCCCGGCCCCCUAUCACCCCCAGGCCCAACAGAACUACCCGCAUGGAUACAUGCCCCCUCAGGCCGGCGUUCCCCCUCAGUACCAGCAGACUUUCCCAGGCCAUCAUCAGCAAAAUGGCUUUCAGCCUCAACCCCAAAUCCCCCAAAGUUAUCAGGCUCCACAAGGCUAUGUCCCCCAGCAGCCCCCCCAUUUGAUGUCAGGAUCCCUGCAGAGGCCCCCUCAGGUACAGAUACCCCCCCAGGCAACCCACUCAGCGACCCCCACCACUUCCCAGCCGGCCCCGUCCAUACCUCAGCCAUAUCUUCCCCACCUAGGCCAGCAGAUGCCCCCUGGACUCCCCCAUCAGCAGAUGCUGCCACAGCAGCAGAUGCAGAUGCCCCCCAACCCCCAGCAGAUGCUGCCACACCCCCAGAUGCAGAUCCCUGGUGGACCCAGAGUACAGAUGCCUCCAGCAACACAGAGCUUUAUGCCCCCCUCUGGCCAUCCCAUCCACCCCAACCUGCACCCCCAGCCUCAUAUGGGGGCUGGCCCCCAGAUUAACCUCCCAAGGGGGCCGAUGCCCCAAAUGCAGCAGAGUCCAAUACCCCCCCAGCACCAUCCCAUGCCCGGUCAGCCAAACAUGCCUCAGCAGCCCAUGCAGAUGCAUAGCCAACCUCAGUCGCAUCCCACUCACUCUGGGAGGGUAAGCUACCCGGGGGGGCCUCCACUAACACCCCAGGCCCCCAUUCCUCAGGCUCCCCACUCUAUGACCCAGCCUUCAGCCAUGUAUCCAGCAGGGACUAAUCUACCUCCAGUGUCUCCACAACAGCCCCCUGUCUUAGGCCAGCAUGCUCCUCCUGCCCCCCAGCACCUCAUUCAGCCCUCCCCAGCAGUGCAGCCGACCAACCCCAUACCCCCUUCUCCUUCGCCCUCCCCGUCCCCUUCUCCGUCUCCAGGUCCGUCCUCUCUUUGUCUGGUUCCUCAACAGAGGCCCACGCUCACUCCCACUCCUGGAAACAUAGCUCCUCCCACUCUCCCCUCCCCCUCUGCUGCCUCUCCAUCUACGUCGUCGUUUCUGCGGCAGAACUCCAGCACAGAUGAUCUCCUCUCUUCAAGCCCAGAAAGCCAAAGUGGGGGAACCAAGGCCGCCACCAACGUCCUACAACCCACCAAAGCUGACCCCCAGGAUGGGGAGCGCCGGAAGAAAAGCUCUCAGGGGGUUCUCCUCAUUCAAGGGGAUCCAUACCAAGCCCCCGAGCGGGUCGCGUACCUUCACCACGAACUGGAACGUUACAGGGCUCAGGUGGAGUUCCUGGAGCAGCCCUCAGAGAGCGAAGGGGGCCUGUCGGUGCUCGACGCCCGCUGGAAGGAGCUCCAGGACCAGCAGGAGAGGGACGCCCGUCAGCUCUCCAUCGCCAUCGCUCGCUGCUACACCAUGAAGAACCGCCACCAGGACGUCAUGCCUUACGACUUCAAUCGGGUUGUGCUGCAGUCGGGCAAAGACGACUACAUAAACGCCAGCUACGUAGAGGACCUGUCACCGUAUUGUCCACGCCUUAUUGCCACGCAGGCUCCGCUCUCCGGCACGGCGGCCGACUUCUGGCUGAUGGUGUACGAGCAGAAAGUGUCUCUGAUAGUCAUGCUUGUUUCCGAGCAGGAGCUGGAGAAGGGGAAAGUUCUCCGUUACUUCCCAACGGAGCGAGGUCAGCAGCUCUCCCAAGGACCAAUCACUCUCAGCCUAACCACACAGAAGACCACGCCCACCCACGUGGAGCGCAUGAUCAGCCUGCAGUUCCGCGACCAAAGCCUGAAGCGCACUGUCGUGCAUCUCCAGUUUACUUCGUGGCCGGAGUUGGGUCUUCCUGACAGCAAAGGGAACCUGCUGCGCUUCAUCCAGGAAGUUCAUGGACAUUACCUGCACCAGAGGCCCCUACACACCCCUGUUGUUGUGCACUGCAGCUCUGGCGUCGGGCGCACCGGCGUCUUUAGCCUCCUGUAUGCAGCUCUGCAGGAACUGGAGUCAGGAAAAGGAAUCCCAGACCUUCCAGUUUUGGUGAAGAAGAUGAGACAACAGAGGAAGAACAUGCUUCAGGAGAAGCUUCAUCUGAAGUUCUGCUAUGAGGCCGUGUUGAAGCACGCUGAGCAGGUUCUCCAGCGUCAUGGCAUCACUGCUGCCUCGUACAGCAAGAACACCAACCCUGCAGCCGCAAAGCCUUACUCCAGACAAGAGUCUCAGCUCGACCUCGUCCUCGGCGGCGACAUGCCCAUCAGCUCCAUCCAGGCCACCAUCGCAAAGCUCAGCAUCCGGCCCCCCAGCACAGACCCCACGGCGGAGGCCGGGGCGAUGGGGGCGAUGCUUCCAGGCCUGGACUCGACGGGUGACAUCCAGCUGCUGCAGGAUCCCUGCCCCCCCACAGACUGCCAGCUGCCCUCCUCCCUGAGCCCGCCUCUCACAUCGCCGACCCAAUCUCCCCCACCACCUAACGGACUGGACAGUCUCUCUCCUCCUACUCCACCCAAUCACCAGCCUGUCCCGGAAGCCCCGCCCAGCGUCAGCCCACCUCCAGCCUCCACUGCUGCAGCUUCUUCAUCCCUGGAGCUCCUGGCCUCUCUGACUCCGGAGGCUUUCUCCCUGGAAGGGGGAGGGAAAGGGAAGCAGCGGGUCACCAAGCAGAGCUUCCUGCAGCCAGCAGAGGGUCAGGGUCUCCAUGGGGUUCGAGGCAGUGACGGUGAUGACCCUCUCAGCUCUCUGGACCCGCUCUGGAGCCUGGGCAAGCGCUGAGACGCCUCUGCAAACCGCCUUUCCGCUUUUAACCACCAGGUGUCAGUAGAACACACUAACCCGGCUUUUUCAGAAGGAAAAUCUGAAUCCCAAGAGUGCUGGAGACAUUUUAAUGGUCUUAGUUACCAACAUGUGCCUGUUGGCAGACACGGUGUCACCUCUCAAACAGACAUGGAACCCCCCCCACCAUCGUUCUUUUCAUUCCUGGAGACCUGUGGGACCAGAUCACUAUGCACUUGUCUGGACUUUCACUCCUUUGCUGCUUUCUUUGUGCGCUAGUGGAUGGAAGCACUCCUGCACCUCCAGCUUCAGAUCUGCCCACCCCUCCAAAGAUUCCCAGCAUGCACUUCCUCCACAACGUCCAUUUCCAUAAUCAUUUAUAGGACUGUCGGAGAUCACGUCGGCCGAAACAAUUCUGUCAUUUUGGUAACAAAUGGAGAAAAAUGAGCUCGUCUUAACAAGUUUAUUUCCUUAACAAUGUGGGAGAGAUUGAUUAUUGUUCAUUGUUGUAAAAUUAUUAAAUAAAGUCAGUAGACCACAA